AUGGGCUGCAGCAAUUCCGCAUUCUGUCAAUUUUCUGCCGUUUCAGACUCUGAAGAGUCCGAUGCUUCUUCAAGCUCUUUGCCAGGAAGGCUGAACAUCAACGAUGCUACAGUUGCAGAGCUUGUGUCACUGCCCGGGAUCGGGAGGAAAAAAGCUGAGAACAUUGUGGCAUACAGAGAAGAGCAUGGAAGAUUCGAGUCUCUUGAUGACUUGGCGGCGGUACCAGGCUUUUGCAGACGGGGGGUUGACAAGGUCGCGGACAUGGUCACGCUGGACGAUUCAGGUGAUGAAUCGGGCUGUUUGGCCUCUUGCUGCUACGCAGGAGCUGAGGCAUGUGGAUCCAGUUGCUGCGCACCUUGCACGGGAGGCUGUUGGUGUUUGACCCCGUUCAGCUGGGGCGACACUGACGAGGCGAUUUUCUUCCCCGAUGAUGCGUCUGGAUCAGGUUUGGCCCGAUUGCUUGAGGUGCUCGACUCUGCCAGACGUACCUUGGACAUUGCCGUCUUCAGCAUUAGCUACAAGCCACUAGCAGAAGCACUUGUUCGGGCACACAGGCGUGGUGUGAUGGUUCGAAUUCUGUCAGAUGACAUGCAGGCCAAGCAGCAAAACUCAGCCGUCCCUGACUUGAUACGAGAGGGCCUUCAGCUCCGCUUGGAUGUCAGUGAAAAGUUCCACAUGCAUCACAAGUUUGUGAUCAGUGAUGAUGCCACCCUGAUUUCUGGAUCCCUCAAUUGGACUCAUGCUGCUGUUGAACGCGGCAACGAAAAUGUUGUCAUCAGCAGGCGAUCUGCACUGUGCCGAAGGUUUGCGCUUGAGUUUGAGAGAGUGUGGGCCGCAUUUCAAGACGGGAAUGUUGCAAAAGCACCGCCAGCUGAGUUUGACGGCAACGUGGCCGCUUUGUUCUUUCCGGAGUCGCAGAUGCAAAAUGUUGGAUUGAUUUUGACAGAACUACAGGGUGCACGUUCAAGCAUUGAAAUUGCUAUAUUCACUCUGACCUUGGACACGUUGACUGACACGCUGCUCAAGAAGCACCAACAAGGCCUUCGUGUUCGCAUCAUCACUGACAAUCGGCAGGCUGCAGUCCCUGGUGCUGAUGCGCAAAGACUGCACCAAGCAGGCUUGGAAGUCCGAACAGACAAAUCAUGGUAUGCAAUGCACCACAAAUUUGCUGUGAUCGACAAGCAGACGUUGAUCAAUGGUUCUUUCAACUGGACCGCGCAGGCUACGAAGGGGAAUCAAGAGGAUGCCAUUAUCUUCCGCUGGGCAGCUUCCCACGAGCGUUUGCCCAAAGUGGCAGGCCUUGUCUGGGAGCGUCACAAAGCGGACGCUGCUGGCUGA